AUGCGUUUACGACGGGCCAUACGGGACCAUACUCGACCUCUCUUUGAGCGGAUUGAAGACAAGCUAGAACGGUCGGGUAAGCAGGUCGCCGCGCAGAAGUUUCGCCGCCUCCAGCAUGACGUCUUUGGCCUCACUGAGAUUGAGUGGUACUUCCUCCAAGAAUACUUCCGCAACUUCACUCUCCUUGGCUACGCCGCCCAACGCGCGUGGACGACGAGUCGGAAUUCCUACCUGAACGACAAGCUGCUAGCGUCCUCAACGAACCCAAAGGAGGCUGCGGAAUACCGCAAAACUCGCGAUGUCCUCGACGCGGAAGUCCUAGAGAAUAAUGAGCUCAUCCACGUGGCCAAGGUGUCGCUGUUUGUGAGUAAAAGGAAGCUCCUGCACACACCAAUUUUCCGGGCCUUCAAGUCUCACAAGGAGGAAAAGGAUGAUUGGCAUAUGACUACUUGGCUGGAGGAUGCUGCGCACGCGGGUGUGGAUGCUGCAAAAAGGACUAUACUGAAAUUUGGGCUGGGCACUGCACGCCGGGCUGCGGCUGCUGUCGGGAAUAUGCUGAGCACGGAAACAAAGUGGGAGUACUGA